GACAAAAUAUUGUGCUCCCUCAACUUCUGGCAUGGAGAACUGAGGAAUAUAAUGCCCAAUGGUGACAAAGGGUGAUAAUUUCCUGUUUUUCACAAUUUAUCUCUGUGGUUUUGGACUUAGCAAUGGAUAUUCUUUGUGAUGGAGAGAGCUCUGUGAACCCAACUGCAAACUCCUUCAUACAAAUAAAUCAUGAGAGAAGAUUCUACAGAAAUGUUUAUGGAGCUGGAGAAAUUAAUAUAUCACAUCUCUGCAACCUGACUGUGAACUCUGACAACCUAACCAAUCUUUCAUGUGAAAGUAACAUGAGCCCACCGUGCUGCCCUUCACAGAAAAACUGGCCGGCUUUGCUGACAGUGAUAGUGAUUGUUUUAACCAUUGCUGGAAAUAUUCUUGUCAUCAUGGCUGUUUCACUGGAGAAAAAACUACAGAAUGCCACUAACUAUUUUCUAAUGUCACUUGCAAUAGCUGAUAUGCUGCUAGGUUUCCUUGUCAUGCCUGUGUCCAUGUUAACCAUACUGUAUGGAUACGAAUGGCCUCUACCUAGAAAGCUCUGUGCCAUUUGGAUCUACCUGGACGUGCUCUUCUCCACGGCGUCCAUCAUGCACCUCUGUGCCAUCUCCCUGGAUCGCUACAUUGCCAUCCGGAACCCCAUCCACCACAGCCGCUUUAACUCCAGAACUAAGGCUUUUGCCAAAAUAAUUGCUGUUUGGACCAUAUCAGUUGGUAUCUCCAUGCCUGUACCCGUCUUUGGACUACAAGAUGACUCCAAAGUAUUUAAGAAAGACAUGUUUAAGAAAGACAUCUGCUUACUUGCAGAUGAAAAUUUUGUUCUAGUAGGCUCUUUUGUGGCAUUCUUCAUCCCUCUAACCAUCAUGGUAGUCACUUACUUUUUAACUAUCAAGUCACUGCAGAAGGAAGCUAUGCUAUGUGUGAAUGACAUUGGCCCUAAGACAAAGUUUACUUCAUUCAGCUUCCUCCCUCAGAGUUCCCUGUCCUCAGAGAAACUCUUUCAGCGCUCCUUGAACAGAGAUACGGGGACUUCAGGGAGGAGAACAAUGCAAUCCAUCAGCAAUGAGCAGAAAGCUUCCAAGGUCCUUGGCAUUGUCUUCUUUCUGUUUGUUGUGAUGUGGUGCCCGUUUUUCAUCACCAAUGUGAUGGCUGUUAUUUGCAAGGAGUCAUGCAAAGAAGAGGUCAUUGAAGGACUCCUUAACAUAUUUGUUUGGAUUGGCUACCUUUCUUCGGCUGUCAACCCACUCGUGUAUACGUUGUUCAACAAAACCUACCGCUCAGCUUUCUCUCGCUACAUCCAGUGUCGCUACAAGGAGGAGAAGAAACCUUUCCAGCUGAUUUUAGUGAACACUAUCCCAGCACUUGCAUAUGACUCCAGACAGCUCCAGCUAGCACAAAUGAAGAGUUUGAAAAAAGAGGCGAAAAUGAUGGCUAAGGAUUACUCGACGGUCACGAUAGGAACGCAUCGUUUAGAUGGUACCGCCAAGGGAAAUAUUGGCCCAGGGAACGAGAAGGUUAGUGGUGUGUGAUGGUCAGCAGCUGCCAUGACAACCACUCUGUGUGUGCUGAAAAUUCCACCUGCUGUGAGAAACUCUGAUAGCUUAGGAAAAUCAGCUGUGUUCAAGACACCUUCCAACAACAUCAUAUACUCCUUACAUUAUCCUGUGGAUGAAAAGCAGGGUUGAAAGGGUAUCAAAUGUGCAAUUUUUUUUCAUACAGUACGUUGGCUGUUUUAAGCACAGGCUUUAUUAAACUUAUUUUUUUAAUAUUCUAAAGGAUAUAUUUCUUAAAGAAAAAAAUGCAAUUUCUGGUAUUAUAAUAUGGGCUGUGA